AUGCCAAAGCUAAAUUCCACUUUUGUGACUGAGUUCCUCUUUGAAGGUUUCUCCAGCUUCAGGCGGCAGCACAAACUCUUCUUUGUUGUCUUCCUAACUUUGUACCUGCUGACUCUCUCUGGCAAUGUGAUUAUCAUGACCAUUAUUCGCCUGGACCAUCAUCUUCACACCCCCAUGUACUUCUUCCUGUGCAGGCUAUCCAUCUCUGAGACCUGCUACACUGUGGCCAUCAUUCCCCAUAUGCUUUCUGGUCUCUUGAAUCCUCAUCAGCCCAUUGCCACCCAAAGCUGUGCCACUCAGCUCUUCUUCUAUCUCACCUUUGGCAUCAACAACUGCUUCCUGCUCACAGUCAUGGGAUAUGACCGCUAUGUGGCCAUCUGCAACCCCCUAAGGUAUUCAGUCAUCAUGGGUAAGAGGGCCUGUAUCCAAUUGGCCUCUGGAUCACUGGGGAUUGGCCUUGGCAUGGCCAUUGUCCAAGUAACAUCUGUGUUUGGCCUGCCAUUCUGUGAUGUCUUUGUCAUCUCCCACUUCUUCUGUGAUGUGAGACCCCUGCUGAAGCUGGCCUGCACAGACACCACUGCCAAUGAGAUAAUCAACUUUGUUGUCAGCGUCUGUGUCCUUGUUCUACCUAUGGGCCUGGUCUUUAUCUCCUAUGUCCUCAUCAUCUCCACCAUUCUUAAGAUUGCCUCAGCUGAAGGUUGGAAGAAGGCCUUUGCCACCUGCGCCUCCCACCUCACAGUGGUCAUCAUCCACUAUGGCUGUGCCUCCAUCAUCUACCUGAAGCCUAAGUCCCAGAGUUCCCUGGGACAGGACAGACUUAUCUCAGUGACCUACACUCAUCACUCCCCUACUGAACCCUGUUGUGUACAGCCUGAAGAACAAGGAGGUCAAAGAUGCUCUGCACAGAGCCGUGGGGCAAAAGACUCUGUCUCCUUAAUGAAGAGAGGUUGUGAAGGCUUUUCCUUUGCGUUUAUAAAUAUGUACUAA